UCCCAGACAGCCAUCCUCGGUAGCCUCCACCUUACUGUGGCCUGCCUUGGCGUGGGAUGCUGGAGAGUGGGAGAGCAGGAGGGGAGAUUUGAUGCCAACAGUAAAAGAGGUGUGGCAUAGCUAUAGUCAAUCAUGGGGGAUUCAAUAUUCAACUGCUGUUAUGUCCCACCCCAUCCCCCAGGCGAGGGGGAACUCUCCGGGUCCAGACGCUCGGAGAUCAUGGCCUCCAAUUCAGCGAACAUCUCCUCCGACAAGCGCUUCCUCAUCUUCUUUGACUUCGAUGAGACCAUCGUGGAUGAAACCAGCGACGACCUAGUGGUGCAGGCCGCCCCUGGUCAGCACCUCCCGGGCUGGCUGAAGGACACCUACCAACCCGGCCGCUACAACGAGUACAUGCAGCGCGUGCUGACCUACCUGGCGGAGCAGGGCGUCACAGAGAGCGACAUGCGCAGCAUCAUGGAGAAGAUCCCGGCCACCCCCGGCAUGAUCACCCUCUUCCAGUUCCUCCGCACCCGCCCCCCGCAGGACUUUGAAGUGGUGCUGUUGUCCGACGCCAACACCUUCUUCAUCGAGUCCUGGCUCCGGCGUGCCGGUGCCCGCCCACUCUUCCACCGGAUCUUCAGCAACCCGGCCACCUUCAACAAGGAUGGCCGGCUGGUGAUGCGGCCCUUUCACUCCCACGACUGCGCGCGCUGCCCCAGCAACAUGUGCAAGCAGGUGGUCGUCAGGGACUAUGUGGCCCGAAGGACGCAGGAGCGGGGCCGUCCGUACCAGAGGGUCUUCUACGUUGGGGACGGAGCCAACGACUUCUGCCCAGCGCUCUCCCUGGGGCCCCGGGACGUGGCUUUCCCGCGGCGGGAUUUCCCCAUGCACCGGCUGAUCACGGAGACCCAUGAAGCCAUGCCCGGGGAGUUCAAGGCUGUCACGGUGCCGUGGGUUAGCGCGGAGGAAGUGGUGCAGAGGCUGAGGAAGCUGGUGGCAGAGUAGAGGAGUGCACACAUAGACAGAAAGGGAAGAAAGGAGAUUAGUAGGCUAAGGGGCCAAUUGACACUUUUAGUCAUAUUCUCAGGUCAAAUAGUUGCAGAAACUAAUGUUCCAGACAAUAAAAUCACUUGUACUUGUAAAAUAAAGUGUGUCUAGCCUGCACGUGCCUUAAGUCUAGCCUCUCUCGUUUUGUUCCAAAGGUCACUCAGAACAGAGGCCCAGUUUCUCAUCAGCAGGUUAAUGAUUAUGGAGCCCUGCCAUUGUCACCCAAAGAGAGGAAAGCAAUGCCAAUGCCAAUGCUUUAUUAGGCAUAUAGGCUAUAUAAAAACAUUAAGAAGUAAGAGUAUGAGUUUGUCUGUAUUUGCAUAAUAAAUACCCUAAAUUCAAUGGGACAUGGUGCUUUUAAGUGUUGGGUCAUGGUGCUUUUAAGUGUUAAACUGGGUCAAUAAAGAAACCUCAGUAGCAAUACUAUUUAAAAUGGUAUGGAUGUUUGUUAAC